CUGCAGCAUGUUUUUAACCAAUUGUCAAUGUCAAAUAAACUUCAAAGUAGGGUUUUUAACGAUUUUUCACAUUUUCUUUAGGACUUAUUUAAUCAGUCAAGUAUUUCGCAAUUGUUUGUGUGACCUCUGUAUUAAUUUAUAGUGUAUAAUAAUAAUCAAUUAAAAAAACUGCGAGGUAUAUUUUUAUAUUAUCUCAUUGCGUUCUCAGAUUUUAUAAGUCCUGGUACUUCGAUUACAUUUUAAUAUGGCUGUGUCUAUACAUAACAAUAUAGUAUAUGGUCCGGAGGAACGUCCGAUUCCAGCUCACUUAUCCUUUGGUCAAUUUGUAUUUGAUAAAUUAAAGAAUGCUGGUGACAAUAUUGCACAGAUCUGUGCCGAAACGGGCGAGUCUGUUACUUAUAGAACUAUUCUUCAAAAUAGCGUUAACUUGGCUGUUGCACUUCAAGAGUUAGGGUUGAAAAAGGGAGAUGUAGUUGCACUUAGCAGUGAAAAUCGUUUUGAGUUUACUGUUGCAUCUCUAGCAAUUAUUUACUGUGGUGGAGUUCUGUCAACUCUUAAUGUUACUUAUUCUUCUGGGGAAAUUAGUCAUAUAUUCGGAAUUACUAAACCAAAGUUUAUUUUUACAUCACCAAUCACUGCACAAAAUAUGUACGACUGUAGCCAAGAUUUACCUCAUGUUGAGAAAAUUAUUCUCUUCGGAGAGUAUGAUGUUAUACCUGCUAUCUUUUACAAUGAUUUGGUAAAGAAACAUGUAAAUGUGGAUGACUUUACACUAGUGGAUGUGAAUGGAGUAGAUGACACAGUUGCUGUAAUGUGUUCCUCUGGAACCACAGGGUUACCGAAGGGUGUAAUGCUUACACAUGUUAAUUUCCUCACUUUGUGUGCCCAUAUGAAGUACUAUUUAGAGACUUCACAAGAAAGGAAAAACCAUAAAGUGCUAAGUGGUCUGUCUCUGAUACCAUGGUUUCAUGCAUACGGUUUCAUCACAUCAUUUGCUGUCAUGUGUUUGAAUGUAAAAAUUGUAUUUCUGGUGAGAUUUGAUGAAGAGCAAUUUUUGGAAACAAUACAAAAAUACAAGAUAAACAUGACUACUAUAGUGCCUCCAUUAGCAGUGUUCCUGGCCAAGCAUCCCCUUGUCCCCAAAUAUGAUCUAACAUCACUUAAUGAAGUAUGGUGCGGGGCAGCUCCACUGUCUAGGGAAAUUCAGGCUGCUGUUUCUAAAAGAACUGGAAUUGGCUUUAUUAGACAAGGAUACGGUCUCACAGAGGUAACAAUGGCAUGUUGUGUGGAUUUAACUAACGGGGAGAAAAUGGGCUCAUGUGGGACCCCUGCGCCUGGCAUGAGAAUAAAGGUACUGGAUACAGAAACUAAUGCCAAGCUAGGUCCAGGAAAAGAGGGCGAAAUAUGGAUUAAAUCGCCUUUGGGCAUGAAGGGUUACAUGGGCGACAAAGCUUCCAGCGAUGCACUGGUCGAUAAAGAAGGAUAUAUACGAACCGGCGAUAUUGGAUACUACGAUGAUGAAGGAUACUUUUAUAUCGUAGACAGAUUAAAAGAACUUAUCAAAUAUAAGGGAUUCCAGGUGGCGCCCGCAGAAUUGGAGGCGCUACUACUUCGUCACGCGGGCGUGGCGGACUGCGGCGUGGUGGGGCGGCCGGACGAGGCCGUCGGCGAGCUGCCCGUCGCCUUCGUGGUGCCGCAGCCGGGAGUGGAACUCAGCGCCGAUGAAAUCGUGGCCUACGUCGCGUCUAAGGUGUCGCCGGCCAAGCACUUGCGCGGUGGAAUUAUAUUCGUUGAAGAAAUACCAAAGAAUCCAUCUGGUAAAAUUUUGAGAAGAGAAUUAAGAAAAUUGUUAAGCAUCAAGUUAAAUAGCAAAUUGUGAAAAAUCUUCAUAAACCUAUAUGACAAAAAGACGUACACAAUAUGACAAUAGUUUAGAAAAAAAUGACAUUCUCUUAUGUUUAGAAAUGUAGUCUAACGUAGUAAGCUUGUCUUGCGCAGCAACAAAUGUAAUUACUGAUUAUAUUUAACCUUGUACAAAAACACAUUCUCCAAAGAAACAAGUUAAUAGUCAUUAAUAUUGAUAACAUUGCAUUUAAGUUUUUUAUUAAUAUUAAGAAAAUAUGUCAGAUUUAAUAUUUUUAUUGUUUUCUGUUAUAGUGAUUAUGUAAUCACAAUCAAUAGCUACACAUGAUAAGAUGGGUUUCUUAACUAAGCAUGCGUUAUACUUAAUUAAGGUUGAUGGUCAAAAAUUACUUAUUACAGAACAACGUAACUAUGAAAUAUGUAUUAUGUAUCUAAUAUAUCAAGCUUAUUAAAAUUGACUUUUGUUAGUGUAUAUACCUAUUUUAGCGUGGGACUUAUUUGUAUUCAAAUAUUGAGUAUCAUAAUAAAACCAUUGUUUUUUUGUGAAAGGUGUAUAUAUUAAUUAUUUUCUGAAUGGGUAGAAAUUUAUAGCAUUGAUUCUUGUAUUAUAUAACAUAUUUAUAUUUUCACUUAUUUGCUAGUUUUUCUUUUAGUUCUUGUGGUAUUCGAUUCAGUGCAUAGUUAUGAAGGUCAGCAUUA